AUGAAAGUCCUGAAACGUCUCCCUCUUUUAUUGGGGUGUUGGACUCUCUUAUACCUGGAAUUUAUCCCAGUGUCACUGAGCCAUACCGGGACGGCACAGCGCGCAACCGAGAGCCGAGGCAAGGAGCACGCAGGCGGAGCAAGUAAAGAAGCCAACCCGGGAAUCACCUCAACUGCCAGGUCUACGGUAGGAAACUACGACGUAGCGGGUUGGAAGUCUCCGAGCGCUGCGAGGAUCACGCGCAUUAGGACAGGACCCCCGCUGAUAAAGGGCGAGGCAGCCAAAGCAAAAGCUGUGACAUCAGUGUCAUCACCACACGGCGUAACGGCGAGUAGUGUUCGUGGAACUAUCAAUUUGGGACGCAAGGAGUCUGCGCGCUCUUGGGUACCCGACGGGGAUGCUACCAACGCAGCUGCUGUGCCUGCUCUCAUGGCGUUGAACGUGCAAACACGCAAAGGCGGAGAUACGCCCAGACAGAGCAAAGGAAAGACGUUCCCCAGAGUUGCAACAUCAGCACGAACUGGACAGCAUAGAGUCAUUGCUGUGCAAAAAUACAGCGCUCCGUUAGCCCAAAGGAGUGCCAAAGCAACGGGCAAACUGAGCGACAGAGACCUUCCGAAGCACCCAUUGGUGACUCCGCACGACUACAUGUUGUCACUGUAUUGGUCACUAUCCACAGGAGAGGUGAACACCAGCGUGUUGCACGAGGCUGGCAUGGCCAACACCAUCACCAGCUUUGUGGAUAAAGGACAAGAUGACCGUCUUCUCCAGCUGAGAAGACAGAAGUAUAACUUCAACAUCAGUUCCCUGGAGGAGGAGGGGUUACUGGGUGCCGAGCUGCGCAUUCUCAGGAAAAGACUGGCCGACCCACGCAAAGCACUUUCUACUGGCAGAGUUUUCUGCCUGAAGCUUUUCACCUGUGCAGCAGGUAAGCAGAAAGCGACACUGCUCCAAACUCGAACCAUCGAGGACCACAAUACGCCCAAAUGGGAAGUGUUUGACAUUUGGAAACUAUUCAAGAAUUUCCACAACACCGUCCAGCUUUGUUUCGAGCUGGAGGCCUUGGAACGAGGCCGCCCAGUGGACCUCAGGGCAAUGGGAUUCAGUCGUCUGGGCAGGCAGACCAAAGAGAAGGCCUUUUUCCUCGUGUUCGGACGUACCAAGAAACGCGACUUGUUCUACAGCGAGAUCAAAGCCCGGUCGGGCCACGACAACAAGACUGUGUACGAGUACCUGUUCACCCAGCGCCGUAUGCGCCGAGCCCCCACCACCCGUGGCAAGAAACUGGCCAAGAACCCCAAGCCUCGUUGCCACAGGAAGCAGCUACAUGUCAACUUCAAGGAGAUGGGUUGGGAUGAUUGGAUCAUUGCCCCACUGGAGUAUGAGGCCUACCACUGCGACGGGGUGUGCGACUUCCCCAUCCGCUCGCACCUCGAGCCCACCAACCACGCCAUCAUCCAGACGCUCAUGAACUCCAUGGACCCUGACUCGACUCCGCCCACCUGCUGCGUGCCCACUCGCCUCAGCCCGAUCAGCAUCCUCUACAUUGACUCAGCCAAUAACGUGGUUUACAAACAGUACGAGGACAUGGUGGUGGAGUCCUGUGGCUGCAGGUAGCAAUGGACAAAGGAUUCACCUGAGACCUUGGUUUUAUAGUUCAGCCAGAACCCUACAAGUCAAUGGGACUGAGUUUUAUUUUUGGAGUAAACAGAUUGGUUAAUAGUUGUUAGGGAAAUAUACUUUGAAAGCAACUGACAUGAAACUAAUAACACAAAUCACUUCCUGAGACCUUAUUUCAUGAGGUGGUUAAGGAAUAAUAUGUACGUAUCCAAUGAUGAUUUGGCAAGAGAUGUGAAACUGUUUCACUACAUCUUCCCAAUCCAUGCUAUUUUCAUGCUAUUUUCGCAUCGUAUGUAUUGAUGUAAAUGUUUGCUUUUCAUGAUGAUGCACAAACAUGUCAAUCACUUUACUGGUCACAGUUUGAACACAUUGCUCAGUUAGUUUAGGAUCAAGGAAACUAUUUCUUGUAUCACAGAUCAUUUAAUGUAUCUCACUGUUAUGUUAAAAGUUGCUUUGAACUGCUGUUCCGUGACAUCACUUGUUGGAUACCUUCACACCUAUCUCACUGCCCCUUGUAAAGCGCUUGAAACAUUGGAUGAGAACAUCUGCAUGCAUUCGUGUCAAAAUGUCAUGUUUCUCUUGGAGCAAUAUGAUGUAGCCUGACCAUUUCCUUUAAUUGAAAUGGCAAUACCAUUGGCAUGUGUACAUCUCAAACUGAACUGGUGGGGUUUGGGAAAGGUCAUAAAUGGUUUGUUGCACACAAAUAAUAUCUAACAGCUUACAAAUCCCAUUGAAGAAUUAAAAGCCCAUUGAUGAAAUGUCGAAGAUACCUUGAAUUUAAGACAUGUAAGGCAUUGUCACCUUCCACUGAGUUGUUUGUAUUCAUACAGUGCAUUGAAAGUAUAUUUUGAUACAGAUACACAAUUACAGUACUUUUAAAAUAUCUGUCCACUGUUCCACAUUUCUAUGAAAUAUUUACCAAAAAUUAAUUACAAUAUAUAUUUAAUAGAAGGAUGUUAAAAAUCUGCCUUUCUCUGUGCUCCUGUUUGGCCUUAGUAUAAACAACAGUUUGGUUUGGACGUAUAUCGCUUAAAAAAAGCUGAUUUGCCAGCUCAGCCAAUGAGACGCUCAUAGACUUGGAUAUUCAAAUUGCCUACCAACAACUCCACCUGGGGCAGGGCUGCAUGCAUUGCCUAGCAGUCUUGCCUUUAAUUCUUUUUUUUAAAUUUUUUUACCGAAGGCAUGCUGCCUGUAGUCAAAUAGUAGGCUUUGGAUGGAUUCAGGAUUUUAAACACACGAUGGAACUACUACACUUUACUAUAACAGCAAACUCACGUAAACUCGUACAUCGCCUUGGUCCGUACAAUUGCCCUUAUUUUUGCGCCCCAAAAACGUAAUACUUCCAAAUCAACUUUAAUGUCAAUACCAUUGUAAAGCACAAUUUCUCCCAUUUCCACAUAAUCCAUUACAUGACCUAAACACUGCCGUUUCUGCAUAAUUCAAGCAAGCAAUGAGCCCUGUCGGGUCUUUUUAAAAAUGGCGGGUGGGGAAGCGAAACUAAUGCGUGAUAGUGAGAAGGAGAGAUGUCGUGUGGGAAAAUUACUUUUUUUCACUCGAUCUGUCCAACUUAUCACCUUAUCGCCUCUAAAAUGUAAAUAAAACACUACAAAGAGUUUA